CACCCUUGCCCCCCACCUGGGAGAGCCUUCCACUACCACCCCCCGCCCUGGCACAUUAACCACUUCCAGUCCGGACCCAGUCAGUCUGCACACUUUCACACCCUUCUAAGCCCGGACGCUUUCACCCCCCCUUCCGGUCCGGACGCUUUCACCCCCCUUCCGGUCCGGACGCUUUCAUCCCCCUUCCGGUCCGGACGCUUUCACCCCCCUUCCGGUCCGGACGCUUUCACCCCCUUCCAGUCCGGACACUUUCACCCCCUUGCAGUCCGGACACUUUCAACC